AUGGCGUCCUUUGGCUGGAAGAGGAAAGCGGGCGAGAAGGUGUCCAAGUCGGCGGCUCAGCAGUUCGAGGAAAAGGACGACAGCGAGGCCGCAGACCCGCAGAGGCGUGACGGGGACGGCCAAGUGGACUGGCAGCAGGCCGUCAAACGCCGCCGGGAGACCCUGUUGGAGGAUUGCGCUGCCAAGAGCAAGACACUGAAGGAGGAGGGCGCCUUGCUGGCCGAGCAAAACAGGCACAGAGAUGCUGUUAAGAAGUGGGACGAAGCCAUUCAGCUGACUCCAGACGACCCACUGCUGUAUGAGAUGAAGGCCCAGGUGCUGACGACACUGCAGGAGGUCUUCCCCGCCGUCAAGGCGGCAGAAAUGGCGGUGAAGCUGCGGAACAUGUGGUGGGAAGGCUGGCAGACUCUGGGCCGCGCCCAACUGAGCAUGGGAGAGGUCGACCUGGCGCUACGGUCGUUCCAGGUGGCCGUCCACCUUCGCCCGUGGGAGCGCGCCUUGUGGCAGGACGACCUAGCGUGGGCGCGGACGCUGCGCCGGCAGAAGGCGGCCGCAAGGGAGAGCCUCGGCCUCCAAGAGGAGGCUGACCGGCGGCUCUUGGAUGCCCCGGAACUCCAAAGGGACUUUGACUUUGAGUCGGACGAGGUGGUAGCUGCGUGCGAGGCCGUCGCCCAGCGCCAGGCACGCUACCGCAGCCUCGGCGCGGGCGCCCUGGUGGUGGACGCUGCGGGGAAUGUGCUGGAAUCGCGGGAGGGAGCGUCAGGAGAUGCGGCGGAGCCCUUGCGAGAAGACUUUGUCAAAAUGAGAAGACUCUGAACAGGUAUGCAUGACGAAAUAGGUCAAAUCAUUGAAUGUGUGUGCAUAAAUAACAUAUCUUGCCGUAGAACUGUUUCCCAACCAAGGCAUGUAUUUUACAUAAAAUAAAUAUCUUAUGACACGCUAUAAAAAAACAUUACAAGAAAGUAUGUGCUGAUGAUCUGAUCCCAAUUUUGUCAAAGAUUUUAUGACUCAGAAAGCUAUUUUGCUGUUGCAUGAAUGGCAGCAGGUGUCGACACAGGUUAUUUUGACCUUCUGCCAUCUAGUGGAAGAGCAUGUCAUUGUUCUUCCUGUCAUUAUACAUCCAUUGCAUAGAUAGAGCAACAAUGAUACCUGAUUUGAAUUAAAGACCCACUAAAGUGA